AUGGAUCCCAAUCCAUUCCCUCCACCUGCAAGGAGAGGCAGAGGGGGAAACUACCAUUUUGCUAACAAUUACAGGAACAAGGCGGGGGCAAACUGGAGGAAUCACCCAAAUCUGGAAGAGCAGGAAGAACACAGGGAAGAAGUUCUGCCCAUAUCAUGUAGGGCGGAACCCAUGAUUGAUUACACCCAACCAGAACAAGGGCAAUAUAGACACCCCACAAGAUGCCCAAGUCAGAAUAACUCAAGGGCAGAUGGCACAAUUCUUGGAAUCAUUCUACCAAUAGUUGUGUUGUUUUCAGAGACGUCAUACAGGAAGGGAUAA